AAAAAGUACAAUAGAAAUCUUUAGUUAGGGCCAGAAAAUUAUUCUUCAUUCGCUACUAUGUAUUUUGUAACUCAGUUGACUGUAGUUGCAUCUUUGGCGAUAAUUUGUUCAAUUUUGCACAUGGCUCAUGCAAUCAGCUGCAAGGAAGUAUUUGAUAAAAAAAAUGAAAUUCAAGACUGUUGCUCGGCUCCAACAUACUUAAACACUGAAGGGCUCAAAGAAUGCUUUGAAGAAAACAAAGACAAAGAAAAACGCGAAAUGUUUGCUUGUUCACUUGAGUGCUUUUUCAAACGGUACCAAGUUCUGGAAGACGACGGUGAAGUUUCCAAGGAAAAGAUGCUUGCGAAAGUUGAAGGAUUCGAGGGCGAAUGGAAACAAACGAGCACAAAAAUGAUCGAAGAAUGUUUUGCUAAAUAUGAUGGACUGAAGGCCAAAUAUGGCGACGGUGGAAAAAAGGAGAGCUGCAAUCCGUCGUCUAGUUUCAUGAACAUGUGUCUUAGCAAGAAGUUUAUCGAAUAUUGUCCAGCCGAGCACUGGAACGAUUCCGACUUGUGCAACAAAAUCAGAAGUGGUGAAUGUGAACCCAAAAAAGGCAAGGGUAAGCCAGAAUAAUCUAAGCAAAAAGCUAGCUGAAAGCAAAUACAUAUUUGAAUAAAAUUAAUUAUGUGAUUAACUAUUCGCUGAAAAAAAGUCUUUAAACAAUUGUUUUUUUUUCGAUUCCUUUCGAAACAACUUUAAUUGUUCCACUUGUUGUUUCAUUUGUUGAGCAAAAUUAACCUACAGAGAUACCAAUCAGACAUGAGUUUACCUAUGAUUCAUCCACACAUGGCACAGCAGCAGUUUUAUCGAUACCAUAAUAUAAUAUCAAUUAAAUUGUUCUUGUAGAUUGAAAACAAAAAAAAAUCCAGAUUUAAAAUUUUAAGGACAACAUAAAAAAACCAUUCCGACUUAAAAAAGGUGAAGUCAGGGGAAAUAUACCCAUUUAAAUCACUCUAAGCCGAUCGACCAAUUCUCAUCUCUUUUACCAUUUUCCGCAUGUAUCAACAAUGGAG